AUGCCUUCAUAUCUUAUUACCGGUGCUUCUCGUGGUUUGGGCUUCGAGUUCCUUCGCCAGUUAUCCAAUAAUUCCAAGAACACGGUGAUCGGUCUUGUGCGCGACAAGAAAACGGCCGACGACAAGGUUGCCAAAGAGCUGAACAGGCCAAACGUCCACAUUGUUGAGGCAGACAUCAACAAUUACGAUACUUUAAAGGCAUCUGCGGACGAGGUUUCACGCAUCCUCGGCGGGAAGCUUGACUACCUCAUUGCGAACGCCGCAUUGAUGUCCCAGUGGUCUGCGUUUGAUCCACUUGGUGCCUUAGGCGGUGAGCCGCAAAAGCUAUCCCAGGAUAUCCUAGAUACGUUCAGCACCAAUGUCCUUGGGAAUAUCCACCUCUUCAAUGUCUACGUACCGCUCCUUAAAAAAGGCGACGGCAAGAAAGUCCUCACUAUAACUUCGGGAGCAGGUGACAUCGAGCUUGUUAACCAAAUUGGUUACUCAGGCGGCGCCCCUUAUGCCAUCAGCAAGGCAGCCAUGAACAUGGUCACAGCCAAGUACAAUGCACAAUACGCACCCGACGGCAUCCUGUUUUUCGGAAUUAGCCCUGGUGUCGUGAACACAAGCGAAGGCAACGUUGAACCGACACCAGAGCAACUGGAAGGCAUUGCAGAGAUGGUCAAACGGUUCCAAAUACAUGAGCCUAAUUUCAAUAGCUUCCUGACACCGGAGGAAUCCGUAAAGACUGUUCUAUCUAUCUUCGACAAGGCUAGUUUGAAGGAUGGUUAUGGCGGUGGCUUUGUAUCUCACCUCGGAAAGGGUGAGAAGUGGCUGUAA